AUUAAAACAACAAUAAAAUCUUUUAUUUUUCAAAAAAAAAAAACAAUAAAAUCUUUUAAAUAUCUUAAUACAUUUAUUGAAAACUUAGGAAGUAAGUAGGAAGAAUUAAAACUUUUUGAGCUAAUAGAAACUAUGGGCCCAAAUUAUAAUUAUAAGAUUAUAACUGGGGCAAACAAUAAAUUCGGUUAUUUGCAGAAUAGGUCCCUUGAAACAAUCCCAUUUUCAGAAUCUCCCUCGCCUGUCGCCACCGUCAGAUUGAAACUGUGGGCCCUGAAACUGUGAUCUUCUUACCAAGGAAGGAGUAUGAUGUCUAGACUUUUAGUAGAAUCUUUUCAGUUUCACGACUAAAAGUAAGGGAGGAAAGAGACUGUGACCUUACUCCAUCCUCCACUAUGCUCAGCUCAGAUCAGACCUCCAAACCCCAAAGCGACGCCGUAGAUGUCUUCUGGCACGAAGGAAUGCUCCAACACGACGCCGUCCAAGGCGUCUUCGACACGGGAAUCAACCCCGGAUUCCUCGACGUAUUGGAGAAGCACCCGGAGAACGCCGACAGAGUCAGGAACAUGGUUUCGAUUCUCCAACGUGGUCCCAUCUCUCCCCGUGUCAAUUGGCUUCCCGGUCGUCUCGCAAUCGUCUCGGAGCUUCUAACGUUUCACACUUCAGACUACAUAAACAAGCUAAUAGAGGCAGAUAAAUCAGGAGAAAGGCGUGAGAUUUCCGCAGGUACUUUCAUGAGUCCAGGGUCUUGGGAAGCUGCGCUUCUUGCAGCCGGAACAACUCUAUCAGCAAUGCAACACAUUCUCGACAGCCACGGCAAAAUAGCUUAUGCUCUGGUUCGCCCACCAGGCCACCACUCUCAGCCCACUCAAGCUGAUGGGUAUUGCUUCCUCAACAACGCAGCUCUCGCCGUGAAGCUAGCGUUGGAUUCAGGACGCUGCUCGCGAGUUGCGGUUGUUGACAUCGAUGUGCACUACGGGAACGGCACAGCUGAAGGGUUUUACAGGUCUGAUAAGGUGCUCACGGUGUCGCUGCAUAUGAACCACGGGUCGUGGGGGUCGUCUCAUCCGCAGAGAGGGUCUGUUGAUGAGCUUGGUGAAGGUGUGGGGUUGGGUUAUAACUUGAAUGUUCCUUUACCUAAUGGCACUGGUGACAAGGGUUAUGAAUAUGCGGUGAAUGAGCUGGUCGUUCCUGCUGUUAGGAGGUUUGGACCUGAUAUGGUUGUUCUUGUUGUUGGUCAAGACUCUAGCGCUUUUGAUCCAAACGGGAGACAAUGCCUGACGAUGAACGGAUACAGAAGGAUUGGGCAGAUAAUGAGGGCAAUGGCAGAUGAGCAUAGCAAUGGAAGGUUGCUUAUGGUGCAAGAAGGAGGGUAUCAUGUUACAUAUGCAGCUUACUGCCUCCACGCCAUGCUUGAAGGCGUGCUGAAGAUUCCAGAACCGCAUCUUGAGGAUCCGGUCGCUUAUUACCCUGAAGAUGAAGCUGUUGCUGUUGAAGCUGUUAAAUCAAUCAAAAGAUACCACUCCGAAUAUGUUCCAUUUCUCAGAGGAACUUGAUGUUGUGUAGUUUUUAUUUUGUUCAUGUGUUGUAACAUUUUGGAACAUAGAUCCAUUCAAAUAAAAUCAUGUACUAUGAUUGAAACCGCCCAAGGCUUUGUUACGUUCCUUUGCAGCUUUAAGAGUUUGGUUUGGGAAGGGAAGGGACAUCUUCGGAAACCUGAUUAUACGCUCAAUGGUUACUUCGUAGGAAGCAUUAUUGCUACCCCACAGUCCGACCAAAGUUCAGUCUUCUCAAUAUGAAGAUCUUGUAGGCUUUGGAGGUUUGGGCUGUGGCCCAUGGGGACAAAGUAACAAUCGGCAUGAAUAUGGGUAAUUUGAAAAAAGUACAUAUUACAAAAAAAUUGAGUAAUUUGGAAAAAAACACACUUGGUUUUAUUUUAAAAUCUUUUAUGUAUAAAACAAUUAUGAAACUAGUGAUUAUAGAAACUUUUAUCAAUAUUUUGUUACAUGAUUAUAAGCAAGAUUGACUUUUUUUUUGUUUGACAAACAUUUUUCUAAAUAAAAAUUAGAAAAAUGUAUUAUUAUGUAAAAUUGUAAUCAAAUUAUAUAUACACAUAUAUUUCCACUGAAUGAUAAAUGUUGUGGAACUUUAUUAAUUUAACAGUGGAUGAGACUGUGCAUAAUGGAUCGCUUAUCAAAUAAAUAAGUAAUGAAAAGUUUAAAAAAAAUAAGUAAUGAAAAAUACUCUCCUAUAGGCUAUAAUCAUUUUUAUGAUGUCAUAUUCUGCGAGGACACCUUCAUUUGAUGAAUGACACAUAAAUCGUCAGUUUUUUUUUAUCAAUUUAAAUAUAUGCAUUUCGUUGACUUGCAUAUCUUUCAUGAACUGACUUUCAUGAUGUCAUUUACUUAUAAAUACCGUCAUUUGGUGAAUGGAUACAUCAAUGGUCAAAAGGUUUAUCAGUGAUAAAUAUAGGCCUUCUUCUUUUUCGACAAAAAAUCGGCACUUCUUUUCCUUGCAUAUAUUUCCUGAACUACAAAUAUCAAAUACUAUGUAUUAUAUGCUUUCUGUUCAUGUAUUUCGAAAGUCGGAUGUCAUUUUAAUAAUUUUCUUAAAAGUGAGAGUUUUAUUAAUUAGUAUUCUUUUAAGUUAUAUAUACAUAUACAAUUUACCCUAAGCAGAAAAAUUACACGAGAGAACAUUCAUUUUAUUCUUGAGUAUUCAACUCUGAAAAAAUAAUAGAAACUAUAUGUAAAAAGAACAUUGUAAUAUAGUCCCCACUGGUCUCCCUUUCCCUCAAAACAAACCCCAUUAAUCUUUUCAGAUUUUUUGUACGCUUCCUCCACCCAUCUCUCUAUAUCCUUCUGCUCUCUUAUUUGCUUGCUUUUUCUUUAAUUUAUUCUUCCAAGAUCAAAUAGUUCCUUCUUUGAUUUCAUUCGCAUACCUAAAAAUUUUAUAUAACCCAAACAAGAAGAUAUUAUUGAAGAGAAACCACAAGUUCAAAAAUGUCUAUAGAUUUAUCAUCUGAUCGUGUUUGCUAUGUCCUCUGCAACUUCUGCACGACAACUUUAGCGGUAAGUGUACCAUACGCAAGUUUGUUCACACUUGUGACGGUGAGAUGUGGCCAUUGUACCAAUUUGCUCUCUCUCAACAUUGGAGUUUCACUUCAUCAAAGCUCGCCUCCUCCCAUUCAUCAAGAUCUUCAGCCUAAGCAACACAUAGCCUCUUCGGUAACAAGGAAAGAAUGGGGAUCAUCGUCCAGGAGCUCCAACCAUUUUUCAACCACAUUGUCAGAAAAUGUCGAUCGGGAGGCUCCUAGAAUGCCUCCUAUUCGUCCGCCGGAGAAAAGACAACGCGUUCCUUCGGCCUACAACAGAUUCAUCAAAGAGGAAAUCCAAAGGAUCAAAGCUGGCAAUCCAGCGAUCAGCCACCGUGAGGCGUUUAGCACAGCUGCUAAAAAUUGGGCACAUUUUCCUCACAUUCACUUUGGAUUAAAGCUGGAUGGCAACAAGAAAGGCAAGCAAUUAGACCAGACAGUUGCAGGCCACAAGUCUAAUGGCUAUUUCUAAAGCCUUUACAUAUAUAUUGAUAAUGGCUAUUAUAUAUAUGUGUGUGUGUAUGCUGAUGAUGGAAGAGAAGGCUAGGAAGAAGAUCAAACAUAACCUUACAUACAUAUUAUAUAUUCAUGUAUGUAUGUCCCUUUCUUUU